UAAAACUAUGUUGUUUUUUGGGGGGAGUGAGAAUUUAGUGAGUUCGCUGCUUUGCAUGUCGGUUGAAAUGUUAAAAGCUAGGAAGCAAGAAUGAAUCCGUGACUGAUUAUAUCUUAUUUCAGUUACAGUAUAACUAGCUCACUAUUUAGUCAGAUGAAUACGAGUUGGAGUUGGUUAAGUAUUGGACUAGCUAAUAAAAGUAGCUAGCUAUAAUAUCGCAGUUUAGCUAGUUAUAUGUCUGUGUGCGGGUGGAUUUGAUGUUCAACAUGACAUGAGAUGGACUUCGCAGCGAUUAUCUUUCUCUGUGGUUCUGGCCCGUUUUUAGCCGUGUAUAUCUCACUGUUUUGAGACAGAAAAGAUAGAUUCAUACCAAGUUGUUCUUUGCUGUCAAAAACGGCUUUAUAGUUUAUAGAAAUGGACAACGGUGGGUUUUGCAACGGUAGCUAUGACAGCGUCCAGAGCCCGGCUAGUGAUGACGAGCUGGUUGACAUCGGCGGAGCUACGCUAGACUUCAGCAGCACUGACGAUGUUCCUCCGUUGGACCGGGACCUAAACUCAGGUAAGCGGCCUCCAGAUACCGGGGGUAGAGAGACGGGUCACCGUGACGGGAGGUCGUGUGUGUGGGCACAGCCAAGAGAGAGCUCU